UGGUGGUUUGAGUUAACUAGGGCUUGAUCUGGAAAGUCUUAGUCAGCCUAUUUAUUUGCUAGCGUCCUCUCCGGAGUCUGUCUGGACUUAACCACCUUCAUCCUCCGUAUGAGUCUUCAAUAUCAAAGACAUUCGAUGUUGAUCUCUUUUUUGUUCUCUAUAUGGGCCAUUUUCAUCAUAGCUAACAAGAUAGUCUUCGAGCGAUCUGUGUUACACCUCACCGCUGACAACUUACCCCAUAUGUGGUUUCUUGUGACAUUUGUAACCACCUACCACUUCCUGUAACCUCAUCGAGUCCAUAUCGAUUCGUGGACUCUAUGGUCUCAAUUAUAGUGUCCGGGAAUAGCUUAACAUGAAAGAUUUUACCGUACACAUCUAUCAGGAGGCGUUGAUCACUAGCAUCGACCUUAUGAACGGUGAUCGAGAGGCCUUGUGACAGGAUUUACGUCGACAUGGCUUCCUGCGUUACUCAGUUUUUACAUAGUCGGGUGCUUCCAGAUCCACCCAUCGCGUUGGAUCUUGGUGGUUAUUUGUCCCCAACUAUUAUGAUUUUCAUGCCAUACGACGAGUUUCCUGGCCCUCGCGCUCUACAGGGCUGGUGCCGUUGCAAAUAUUGGAUGAUUAUUGUGCAUGUACAUGUACAUGUGCUUCUCACAUUGCUCGAGGCUCCAAGUUUGUGUGCUGAGUUCUUGAUAGGUAGCACUGAGCAGUGAUAUCUUUCCAUGGACAGUGAGUUUCUUGUUUUUGUGUGGGGAAGAAUCGCAGCUCUCGAGCUGGGGAUCAACGAGAUCUAGCCGUUCUCCCUCCACAUUUACGAUGUGUCAGUGUCUCUCUUCUCCGCUUUUGAUCUGGCGGAGAUAUGCCAUCUCCCAAUAGCUUGAAGCCACAUGAAGGAUAUUUUGAAGGAAUGGUCAUUUCGCCUCGUUCGCCAGUUUUAAAACCCUGCCAUUGGUGUUUUAUAGGCAUAAGACUUGUGCUCAGAGUGCUGUAGAUAGCAGCACAUCUACCUGCUACCCCACGUAGCAGGAGGCCAGCAAGGACUUUACCAGAAGGAAGUUGACGACUACAACAUGUACCACCAUCUCUGAGUUAUCCAAUUGAACAUUUUAAGAUACUCCCCUAACAUUCCCAGCGUCUUCCAAGUACAUACAUUCAGGACUGGCUAACCAAACCCUUUUACACACUAUAAGUGGGAUCGGCUAUUACUUUCUUCCGAGAGUCCAGGUCCAUACUCUUGGUACACCUUGGUUGGUUUAUUAUUGAGAAUCAUAUCAUACGAAAUGGUUUUCUAAGAAUCAUAGACUUAAAAACGAGAUAAUUGUACCAGCCAAUAUCCACAUUGUCAUCCAACUAUGAUCAACGCAAUUCAGAACCUGAACACAGUGCUCUCUCUACGUGUCACAGAAAUUAGAUUUAGUUGACAUCAGGAUCGGAUAGUCGCGUUUCUCAGCAGCUAUUACCGCAAGUUGAGCCCAGAUGCUGGGUGCAUCGUCAUGCCUAGUCUUUCUAGGGUCACACCUUAACUGCGGCCGUCUCUAUAUAAAGGGCAGCACAACCUCCCUGUUGGCCCUCUUUUCUUCAAGUCACCACCGGGUUCAAUCAUCUAUCUGAUCACAUAUCAAACAAGCAAAACAUAUUUUUGUGAUUAUUGCCUUUACUUCAAUACUCACCGUAUACUUUCUGAUAUACUCAUACUCAGGCAUUCAAGAUGGUUUGCAUCAAUCAGAUUUUUCAAUUCGCUAUCCUAGGCGCUGGCCUUGCUGCUGCGAAUCCCAUUCCCGGGGGUGACCACUACCGGGAAAAAGAGCCCAAAACUGUCACAGUGACCGAGUAUAAGAUCGAGUAUAAGACGGCAUUCAAACCUGUCACCGAGUUCAAAGAGGUCACCAAGUUCAUCACUGUGAACCAUCCCGUCACCCACUGGAAGACCAUGACGAUAACCGACUAUCCCAAGCCCGUAACUAAAACCGACUACAAGCCGGUGACUGUUGUCCAAACUAAGGCUGUGACUAUUACUGCUGUCAAGGAGGUCAUUGUUACCAAGACGGCCAUCAAAGAGAAGCCCGUCACGCAUUUCCAUACCAUCACCGUGCCAGGGAAGCCCGUGCCUGUGCCGACCACCAUCGCUAAGGUCCACACCGUCACCGGCAAGUGUGAUGAACCAAAGAAGUACGAUGACGGAAAGAAGGGCGAUGGAAACUAUGGAAACGAUGGAAACGAUGGAAAAGAUGGAAAAGAUGGAAAAGAUGGAAAAGAUGGAAAGGACGAAAAGGACGAAAAGGACGAAAAGGACGAAAAGGACGACGGCUACAAGGGGUACGACACCCAUGGCGAUUAUUAGCUGCAGCUCACUAUCUACAUGGUAUACCAUGAAUUCUGCUAGCCUUUGGAAAAGCAAAAUCGUAAGGUAAAUGAGGGAUCAGAACCCAACCGGGAAACGCGCCCUAUACCAAAAGAAAAAUAUAUUUGGGUCAUGGUUCGGGAGGUGGAAAUGGGAUCAAUAUUCAGCCUUCACUGCCCUCCCUCUCUAUGUUCCUUAUUUCCUUAUUUUAAUUUCUCUAAUUUCCUUACUUCUACGAACGAUUGACCAAUUUUCCAUCCUUAUUCAGCCUAACUCAUGCCUGUCCUUUUUGGACAAAUGUUUUUUAAUGACAAGAAAAAGUCGAACGGGGAAACUUGCAAUGCUUACCCCGCUGCAAUAACCACCCUAAUGAUCUCUCUGUUUACAUUUUUUUCGGUUGCGACUCUAUCCCUAAUUGGCCCCCCAAAAAACACAUGUAUUAAUUUUCCUUCCCCUUUGACUACUUCUCUCUUUCCCUCUUUCUAAUGUUUUGGGAAUUCCUGCAUUACGAUAUGGCAUUUCACGUCCAGACGUUUUUAUCCCCCUGACACGAUCAGAUGAGACACGGUGAUAUUGUUCCUGGUUACAAGGGUAGCUGGGAUGGAGGGGAAGAAGGAAUGGUAAAGAGAGAAGGAAGGGCUCCGGAGGGCCUAAAAUCUUUGUGUUAUCUGUUUCUGAUUUGAAACAAGUCGAUCUAUAGAUUCGAUUUUGUUCUAUUCAUAUUGAUUAGCUUGUGGUGCUCCACUUCAACAGCUUUUAAGAAAUUUGUGGUCUAUUUUCAUUCUGAUUUUCCCUAGAUGUGCUAUUGCCAUUCUUCUACCAGAGAUUGACUGUCGUCUUCUUGUUAUUCGAUUCGUGGUGGUCAUUUUAAUAUGAGAUUUCAACUUAAGCCAUGAAUGUUUGAAUCAAAUAUGC